AUGAGGAGAAUACGUUACGAAUUCAAAGCGAAAGGAAUUAAAAAAAAAAAAGUUACGGUCGAAGUAUCCGUGGACGGAGUUAGAGUAACGCUGAAAAAGAAAAAAAAAGUAAGACGAGUUUUGUUUUAUUAUUAUUAUUAUUAUUAUUAUUAUUAUCAUUAUUAUCAUCAUUAUUAUUAUUGA